AUGGAUCUACACGACAGGUUGGCUCGAAUCACUAAAGCGGUAGAACAGCUGGAGAUGGACAAACUCUUACAGCGAGACGAGAUCCGCUCGCUCAAAGCUCAAGAGCGAGCUUACCAAAGCGAGAUCAGCCUGUUAAGCCGUAAAGUCCAGGAGAUGGAGGCGCAAGCUCGACAAGACGCACCGGUUACGGAUGUCGGAAAACAGGUCCGACUACGAUAUCUGGAGCAACAUCGGCAGCACAUGGGACGGCCACAACAAAGGGUGGACUAUGACCGCAUCAAGUGUGGCAAUCGCGCGGCGCACCGAGGGCGUCCGGUGGUGGACGCGUUGCUGUGCUUGACAGAUUCCGUGCACUAUGAUGAGGUCUACAUGGAUCUCUACGGAAUCACGCCGCGUGUUAUGAAGGAAAUGAUGGACGUGCCAGAAGUGGUCGAGGUUGUCGGAUUUCGAGCCUCCCUGCAGAGUGAGGACAAACUGACACCUUCCUUUCAGAGUCAGUUUCAACGCUUGCUAGAAAUCGUGCUGAGGUAUCCUUCAACAAGGGGGCUGAUGAAGGCGUUCAAGGAGGACAAGAACCUCCAGCAAUGUCAUAGCGCGUUGCAGGAUUGUUAUGAUAGCAUUAUGGCUAUAAAAGAACGUUGA